AUGAUUCACAACCUUCUGGUAGUCGCCCUCUUCGCCGGAGCGGCAUUCGGUCAGGACUUGUCUUACAGCGAGCCCUACUAUCCUUCGCCUCGCACGGAUGGCUCUGGAGACUGGGCUGCGGCCUACGUCAAGGCCCGCGAGUUCGUCGGUGCCCUCACCCUGCCCGAGAAGGUCAAUCUCACCACCGGUACUGGAUGGUCUAUGGAUGCCUGCGUUGGCAAUGUUGGAACAAUCCCCCGCAUUGGCUUUGCUUCGAUAUGUCUCCAGGACUCUCCCCUCGGAAUCCGAUUCGGCACCUAUUCCUCCGCUUUCCCCGCGGGAAUGAACGCCGCCAUGACUUGGGACCGCAAGCUCAUGUACGAGCGCGGAUACGCCAUGGGUGAGGAGUUCAAAGGAAAGGGUAUCAACGUUGCUCUGGGCCCUGUGGCGGGACCUCUUGGACGUCACCCCGAAGGUGGACGUAACUGGGAGGGAUUCUCUUCGGACCCGGUCUUGACCGGUGUUGGCAUGAUGGAGACCAUCAAGGGAAUGCAGGAUGCGGGUGUUGUGGCCACAGCCAAGCACUUCAUCGGCAACGAGCAGGAACAUUUCAGACAGCGUGGAGAGUGGAACCAGUGGGGCUUCGACAUCGAUCAGGCCAUCUCCGCCAAUGUCGACGACAGAGCUAUGCAUGAGCUCUACGGAUGGCCGUUCGCCGACGCUGUUCGUGCCAAUGUUGGAGCCAUCAUGUGCUCGUACCAGCAGGUCAACAACAGCUACGGUUGCCAGAACAGCAAAUUGCUCAAUGGACUCCUGAAGGACGAGAUGGACUUCCAGGGUUUCGUCAUGUCUGAUUGGCAGGCUCAGCACGCCGGUGUCGAUGCUGCUCUUGCAGGUCUCGACAUGAGCAUGCCUGGAGACACCGUCUUCAACUCUGGUGUAUCUUACUGGGGUGGCAACCUCACUCGUGCCGUGCUCAACGGAACCGUCCCUGAAUGGAGGCUCGACGACAUGGCUACCCGUAUCAUGGCAGCCUACUUCCUCGUUGGCCAGGACCCCGAGACUUACCCCGAGACCAACUUCAACUCUUGGACCACCGACGAGUACGGUUACAAGGCCUUCGCCCCCAAGGCAAACUACGGACUCGUCAACCAGGAUGUCGAUGUCCGUGGCGACCACUACAAGAACAUCCGCGAAGUUGCUGCCAAGUCCAAUGUUCUCCUCAAGAACGUCGACGGUGCCCUUCCCCUCCGCAAGCUCAAGCAGAUCGGUAUCUUCGGAUCCGACGCCGGCGAGGCCCAGUACGGCCCCAACGGUUGCAACGACCGUGGCUGCCACAACGGAACCCUCGCCAUGGGCUGGGGAUCCGGAACCGCCAGCUUCCCCUACCUCAUCACUCCCCUCGAGGCCAUCAAGCGCCGGGCCAUCAAGCAGGGCACCGUCGUUCAGUCCGUUCUCAAUGACUACGCAUACGCUCAGAUCAAUGCCACCGCCAAGGUCGCCUCGGCGUGCUUGGUCUUUGUCGCUGCAGACGCCGGAGAGGGCUACCUCGAGCAGGACGGAAACCUCGGUGACAGGAAGAACCUUACCCUCUGGAACGCCGGAGAUGCUCUGAUCAACACUGUUGCGUCCAACUGCAACAACACCAUCGUUGUCGUCCAUGCCGUCGGUGUUGUUCUCUACGAGGAGUUCAUCGACCACCCCAACGUUACCGCUGUCAUUUUCGCUGGUCUUCCCGGCCAAGAGUCCGGUGAUGCCAUCGUCGAUGUUCUCUACGGUGAUGUGAACCCCUCCGGAAAGCUCCCUUUUACUGUCGGCAAGAAGUCUGAGGACUACGGCGUCGAGCCCAUGUACAAGCCCACCACUCGCACCCCCCAGCAGGACUUCUCCGAGGGUCUCUUCAUCGACUACCGUCACUUCGACAAGAACGACAUCGAGCCCCGCUUCGAGUUCGGUUUCGGUAUGAGCUACACCACCUUCAACUACUCUCGCCUCAGCAUCAAGAAGGUCGGCGAAGUCUCCGCCUACACUCCCAUGACCGGCAAAACCGACGCUGUGACCAAGCCCGCCACCGACUUUGUCGUCGAGGACUACCUUCCCCCGGCGGACUUUGAGUCCUACCGUCUUGAGAAGUUCAUCUACCCCUACAUCAACUCGACCGCCGACGUCAUCGUCAACAGCACCUACGACAUGCCCGAGGGCGCCUACGACAUCACCCCGCAGCCGAUCCCGGCCGCCGGUGGUGCGCCCGGUGGUAACCCCUCGCUGUACGAGACCGUGUACAAGGUCUCGGUUGUCAUCACCAACACCGGUAGCUGUGCCGGUGAGGAGGUCGCCCAGCUGUACCUCGAGACCGGUCUUGCAGACGACCCCAUCCGCGUCCUGCGUGGAUUCGAGAAGGUCGCCCUCAAGAAGGGAGAGAGCAAGACUGUCACCAUGACCCUCGCCCGGAGGGACGUCAUGAGGUGGGACGUCGUCAGCCAGGACUGGGUCGUCACCGAGGGCGUCAAGACUGUCAAGGUCGGCGCUAGCUCCAGGAACCUUCCCUUGUCUGGUACCCUCCAGUAG